UACCUCCAAUGUACUUGGAUGCAUUGUUAUACAUUAAAGACAAUUACGAUUCCUCAUUAUCAUUACGUAGAUCCUGCAGAGAAGGCAUCUGUGGAUCUUGCUCAAUGAAUUGCAAUGGUCUUCAUAAAUUGGCUUGUAUUCAUGCUAUUGACACUGACUUGACAUAACCAGCCUACAUCACUCCAUUGGGACACAUGUUUGUAGUCAAAGACUUGGUCGUCGACAUGACCAAUUUCUACACUCAAUAUAAGACAAUAGAUCCAUAUUUGAAGAGGAAGAGUCCAAAAGAAGGAAAUAAGGAAUACAUCCAAUCAGUGGAAGACAGAAAGUUAUUGGACGGUCUUUACGAGUGUGUGUUGUGUGCAUGCUGUUCUACUUCUUGUCCUUCUUAUUGGUGGCAUCCAGAUAGAUAUCUUGGUCCAGCUGUGUUGAUGUAGGCUUACAGAUGGAUUGUGGAUUCAAGAGAUGAGUACACUGAUGAGAGAUUGGAGAAGUUAGCUGAGGAUGUCAAGGUGGAGGACUGUUAGAAUAUAGGAAUGUGUUCAUUUACAUGUCCAAAGGGAUUGGAUCCACAGAGAUCAAUGAACCAUUUGAUGAAAUUAAUAGAAGAAUACAAAGAAAGAAAGAUUGCAUCUGCAACAUUAUGAUAUAUUAUCAUAUAAUAUAACAAAUAAUAA